CAACACUUCUAAAGAAAAUGUAAAAAAGUUGCAACUUGUACAAAACUUUGCUGCUCGUAUUGUUGUUGGUUUACGGAAAUAUGAUCAUGUUUCUCCUGCCCUGAAAGAACUCAAAUGGCUGAAUAUUACAGACCAAUUGUAUCUCCGAGAUGCAGUGCUUGUUUUUAAAUCGCUACACCAUCUGACUCCAUAUUAUCUGUCAGAAAAAUUUAAAAGAAAUUCCGAGGUGCAUUCCAGAGUCACGAGGAAUGUUAAUGACUUACACUUGCCACUUUGUCGCCUUGUUACGGGACAGCGAACGUUUAGUUUCAGAGGGGCAAAAUUGUGGAACUCGCUACCGCCGGAGAUUAAAUCCGAACAGUCAUUGAAGUCUUUUAAACAUAAACUUCACAAACACUUUCUGACUUCUUAA